GAAAUGCCUAUCAUCUGGGAUCUAAUGCCAAGUUUCGACAAAGAAAAAGGGGACUACCGCUACAACAAGAUUCGCAGGAGACGGAACGGGGCCGAAUACUACUGGGAAAGCAAGUUUGGGUGGUUGCUUCGCAAACUUGACAGGAUGAACAUCCAGCUGCAGCCGUUCGAGAAGAAGCUGUACGAGGAACACCCAGCCACGACCAACCGGUCGUCGGCCGAAGUGGCCGCAUACAGAAGGGCCAACGGGAUUUCGGUGAAACUGAGCGACGUGCCGAAGCCCAUCCUCGCCUUCGAAGAGUCCAACUUCCCCGACUUCAUCGUCCAGAGCAUCGAGGCGCGACGCGACUGCACUUCGCCCACGUGCAUCGAGGCACACUGCUGGCCCAUCGCACUCACGUGCAGGAACUUUCUGGGCAUCGCGGAGACGGGAUCGCACAAGACGCUCGCCUACGUCCUGCCGGCAGUCAUCCACGUCAGCCGGCAGCCGCCCCUGCAACACGCUGACGGACCCAUCGCCGUCGUGUUGGCUCCGACACGAGAGCUGGCCAAGCAGAUUCACCUCGUGUGCUCAGAGCUCGGUGAGCGCGCCGGAGUGCGCAGUGUGUGCGCCUCGAACGGGGAGCCCAAAGAAGAUCAGUACGACGAGCUGAGGAAGGGCUGCCACAUCUGCGUGGCCACGCCUCGACGCCUCAUCGAGUUCCUCGAGGAAGGCAAGGUGAACCUGCGCCGCUGCACGUACCUCGUGCUGGACGAGGUAGACCGAAUGCUGGCAAUGGGUUUCAAGCCCCACGUCCUCAAAAUUACCGAGCUCUGCCGGCCGGACCACCAGACGAUAAUGUGGGUCACAUCCUGGCAAAGCGAGCUCAAGCCGUUUGUCGAGGAUCUGCUUGACGACUACGUCGAAGUCAAGUUCGGUACGGUGCAGCUACCCGCUCAAAACGGCGUGGAAAUGACCGUCGACGUGUGCCAGGAGGAAGAGAAGGAUGGGAAACUCGCCGAGCUCUUGGACGAGGUCCUCAAGGAGAAGUCAAAGAAAGCCGUUGUGUUCACUGACACGGGGAGGAAGGCCGACGAGAUUGCCUGGAAGCUGCGACUCCGGGGAUGGUCUGCCAUCGGCCUUCACGGAAAGAAGACGAAAGAGUAGCGCGACUGGGUCGUUUCCAUGUUCAGGAUAGGUUCGUCAAGCGUGCUCGUGACGACGGGCAAGGUUGCGCAGGACUUGGUCUUCGACAACCUGUGCGUGGUCGUCAACUACGACUGCCCGGACUGCUCGGAGGUCUACGCGCGCAGGUCGAGCCACGUGGCACGCUCAGGUGAACCAGGCGUGGUGCACACCUUCGUCCUUCCGACCCAGCAGCUGCACGCCACGAACCUGAUCGCAAUUCUGGAGGACGCUAAUCAUCCGGUUGAGCCAGAACUCUACAAAAUUGCAAAAAAAAAGGUCGUUCCAAACCAUGAAGAGGUUAACACCGGCGGGGCGGCGAUGUGCUCAGCGUGACGGCGGACCUUAAAAAGAGCUCGGAGCCCUUAAGAAUGCUCUUAAAAUUGCCUGCCUCUGCUUAACUAAUGCAAAAGGCAGCAUUCUGCUUAGUUAACUCUAAGCCAUGCAGAACAUAUAUAACCGUAUAUAAGCUUAAGUCUGCUGAUUUUAAUUAGUUUAUUAUUUGGAAUUAUUGAAAUAUUGGGCACAAAAUAA